ACUUUUGUUUUGGGGGACUGCAAAUGUGGAGUACGUGUGAUCGAAUACCAAAAAGCUACAUAAAAAAGCUACCCUUAUACUGUAGCUGCGAGCGUGGAGUGGCACUUUAUGACAUUGCGUAAUCACUGCCAGAAAGCAGGUCGAGUACAUCCGCCGGAUGGACCGGGCGGCUCCAGAAUCUUACAUAGCGGAGUUAUUUCCCCACAGACCCCCGAUGGCAAUAGCGGAGACGCAAAUCGUCAUAUUAAAAGUCAUUGUAGCGGCACAAUUUUUUUCAAGCUGUUAUUUUAAGGUACAAAUGUUACAUAGUGUUGCUUUAAUACAUGUCGGAAGUUGGCUGAAGGGUUUCUGAACCACUCCCUUGGUGAGAAAUGGCCCCCUCUGUUGUCCAGUUUAAUUGUUCACCAUCUGUUCCCGCCUAGAUACAGUGGCGGUAAAUCGGGUUGCCUUAAAGCUUCUCAAAGCACUGACAAAUCACACUACAGAAUUAAAUAAACGUCAUGAACGUCGAAUUCUAUAGCUUUGGGCUGCUUGUCAAAGGUUUAUAAUGGCACCAAAUAUUGGGAGGUAACAUCAGAAUGUAUUUCUUUUUUACAGCUCCUAUGAAGCACAGAAAUGGAGAUUUCGUCAACUUUGAACCUCGUCCCAGUCGCCGCAACGGAAACGCAUCCUACAAUACAGUAUAUAAUCAACAACAACCUAAAGAAGCUCAAAAAAAUACUUAAUCCCGAUAACAUCAAUCAACAUUACCCAUGCAAAGAGUGGAAUGACUGUUUAACCCCACUGAUUGCUGCUGUUGUAUUUCACAGCAAGGCUAUUUUCACUUUGCUUUUGGAACAAGGUGCAGACCCAAACGGGAUUUCCCAAAAUGGAUGUACAGCUUUGCAUUAUGUUUCACUAGCCAAAGCACCUGUUGUUUUUGUGGAGAAACUGCUUAAAGCUAAAGCUGAUCCAAAUGGAUGUAAUCCCAUGCAGCGAUUCACACCGAUGCAAACUGCUGCCAUCGAGGACAGGGAUGCUGUCGUGAAAGUGCUCAUUUCUGCUGGGGCACGGGUAACAUUGUUACCCGCCAAUCAUCCUGAUCUCAAUAAAAAGAUAUCUCGGAUGAUUCAUACGCUUGCAUCGAAAGGAGAACGAUUUUGCUCCAAAGUCAGAUACUUUCUGGAUAUGGAAAUUGCUAUGGUGGGAUUCACCUGAAGAAGUGUUCACAACGUUUGACAGUCACAUGAUGUCGGAGGAUCCCCGUUACCAUCUGACCAUGAUUGAAAUACUUUUUAAUGCAACUGGGAAAGAUGCAGAAAAAUACCGCCAGGGAAGUGUUAAUUGGCUGAAAGACACUGAAAGACAGAACUCCUACAUUGUAGAUGCAGUCCGACGCUUUCCAAACAUUACUCCACCAUAUUUAAAGAUGGCCAUUGACAGUUUACAUGCAGUAUUCUGUACAAUGGAAGAUAUACCAAAUGAGCAAGCACUAGGUAUAAUCCCUCAACUACUGAAACAGCUUUGCCUCCUGCAGGAGAAUGCUGUUUUAAAUCAAGCUCUUCUGCAAACACUAUAUGUGAUAACACAGAAAACAAACAGCAAAAAAAGCUGGGAUCCCAACUUUAUUGAGACGUUAUGCAAAACAGUUGCUCCUUUUGUAAAGGACCAUCACUCCUCUGACAUUAGAGUCUUUGCAUAUGGCAUAUUUGCAAGUUUAAUAUCAGUUGAACAUGCAGCCUCCAUCAUUACAUCGGCGGGGAUAACUUCAGUCCCUGAGUGCGUGCUGACAUCUGCAGAUAUGAAAAUGAAUGACAAGCUGAAAGAAUCGCUUCGACGACUGAAAAGUCAUUUCAGCAAACCACACAUGGAAUGUGCAAACCUUGCAGCGUUGCCUGGACCCAGUAAAAAGAAGAAGAAGAAGAAAAAAAAGGGAAAGUCAGAAAAGCAAGAAGAGCCAAAUGAUGAAGUGCACACUGCCUUUACUGAUCCAAAAGCAGCUCCGAUUGAGGAGUCGACUUUAAAUGUAAAGCCGAUUCCCUUCAGUGUCUCUGUGUCUUCAAAAACACAGAAAUGGCAACAAACCAGCAAGAGGUGGAGGGAACAGUUAGAGAAGCUGCAGGGCACUGAUGAAGGUGAAGUAAACAGAAUUGGGAGCAUGAAAUAUGUGGAUGAUGUAAAAUUCCGCAUUGCAAAGGGUAGUGAUGGUACUGAAGUCUUCUUGGGGCUGAGAGAUGAUGGCACUGAAGUUGCCAUUAAGAGAAUGUCUAAAUGCAACUAUAAAGUGCUGAAGAAUGAGGAGGGAUUUCUACGACUUCCAGAGCUUGAUCAUCAGUCCAUUGUGCGAUAUGUUGAUGCAGCGGAGGAUAAGAACUUUGGAUAUCUUGGUCUUCAACUUUGUGAAUGCACCCUGGAAGAAUACAUCAAAGAUAAAGAUGAUUCUCUGCUGAUGAAGAAACUUGUCCUUCAAGUCCUCGAGAGUUUACAGGUGCUUCAUUCUCGAGAUCCUCCAAUUCUCCACCGGGAUCUCAAGCCACAGAAUGUUCUGAUCGAUGUUCAGGGGAGGGCCAGACUGGCUGAUUUUGGCAUCAGUAGACGGCUUGUCAAAGAUCAAACAAGUUAUCGCACAAGCAGAGCAGGAACACAAUGCUGGAUGGCGAAGGAGACUUUAGCAAUAGGAGACAUACCAUACAAGUCAAGCACUGAUAUACAGGUGGCCGGAAUGCUCAGUUAUUACAUCCUCUCUGGAGGACACCAUCCUUUUGGGGACCAAUUCUUUAAAGUUGAGAGCAACAUUUAUGAAGGACUCUACACUUUGGACCUCGUUCAAGACGUGGUGGCAAAGGAUCUCAUUGAGUGGAUGAUCGAUAAAGAACCAAAGAACAGACCUCAAGUGGAACAAUGCUUGAGUCAUCCCUUCUUCUGGAUCCCCAAAAAGAGAGUUCAAUACCUCGUAAAGAUUGGCAACAAGGAUGAAGCGAAAAAGUCUCGAACGGCUGACCAGGAACUCCUUUGUUCAUUGGACAAAUGGGCCCCAGAGGGAUCCUUCAAACAGUGGAAAACAAAAUUUUCCUCCGAGUUGGUCAAAAAGUUGGACGGCAAGAACAAAGCCUACGCUGACAACACACUGGGAUUACUGCGCUUCAUACGGAACCUCAUUGACCACCAUGCCGUGGAGGCCGCUAAAGUUGACGUGUUGGCGCUAUUUCCUGAUCUCUUUGGAUGUGUUUUCAAGUUUGCCAAGACCAAAGGGUGGAAUUCAGAGAUCCCCUUGAAGGAAAUGUUUCAAAGAGAAGACAUCAGCAUCAGCUUUACAAAGCUGACAAUACGCCCUGAUGCUGAUCUGGGUGUCCCGGUUCAAGAGUCUCAACCCGGGGACCUGAAGUGAAGUUUAAAUCAAAAUGGCAGAAAGACUUUAAGCAGUCAGCGAUGGAAAAAACACAGACAAUUCUGAUGUUAUACUUUCUAAUCGUUGUGGUGUCUAGCCCAUGGCCCAUUGGAAGAAUUUGGCAAAAAGACAGCACAAAAAUGAAGUCUAAUAGAUAUUUUUCACACAUUACAUUGUCUGACUUAAAAUAGAAGAAAAAGCACAUGUGUUAUUAAUAUCAUUAGCAAUGCCUCGGUUUCCAGUAAGCCGUGACAAGGACCCUGAAACCAGAGCAGCAAUGGAAAGCAGCCAUAAUUAAUUGUAUUAUUUUGUCUUUUUCCUAAUGUGACAUGUCUAUUAUACACAGAACUAUUUUACGGAAAGUGACAGCAACAGUAAGUAUAUUAAAAAAUAAGGCUGUCGUACUAUUUUUAAGGGACAUUUUCUUUUCAUAUUAUGUCAUAUAUUGUAUCCCUUUACCAUUAUCCUACGGAACUAUUUUACUUUGAUUCCGUUACCUUUUCAGAUGGUUGUAGUUGCUAGUUACUUCACAAAAUACCUAACUACUUCCACAUUUGAUUCUUUGUUUGAGAUUUUACUGUUAUUUUUUUCUAUCAUAUUACAAUUUUAAAUGUUAUAUUCUUGCUCAUUUCUGUGGUGGUUAAAAUGUUUCAAAUUGGGUGCUUCCAAAACAUAUAUACAUAGGGUGUAUUAAACUUUUACAUUGUCUUAUAUUCGGCUUAAAUUACAUCGACAAAGCUGAUUGAGAGGGCACACAAAGCUCUCUCCCUCAGACAAGGGUCAACACCGCCAGACAGAGAUAGACCCAGCGGCCUUGUGCUGUAAAAUGUUAUAUUCUUGCUCAUUUCCAUGACAUUGCUUCAAUAUAUCGGUCGAAAAGACAACAAAGGAAUGGAUAUAAUGAACUGUAAAAUAUUAUAUCCUAUACUGAUUUCUUUCACAAAAAGGAAAAAUGUUGUUAUUACUUUUAGUUUUUUGAGCUAAUGGGCCUUAUCCCAUGACUUGUGACCAAAGCCUUUCAGAAUGAUUAUCAGAGGAGCAAAGAGGUUCAUUCUGUUUGACAAUAUUGAAUGUUGACUUCCAAGAUACAACAUAUACAUAAAGCAUGGCCUGCAAUACCACUACAUGUUUUUCCCACAAAAACCUAAACUGUCUUUGCAUGUCCUAUAAUUUUUUUUUUUUUACUGCAUCUUUCUAGACCAUGCCAUUCAAAAAAGGAUUUUUGCCACAGUCCUUUUAUAUAUUUUUUAACUGUCUCAUUAAGCGCACGUUAUUGUAAAUAAAUAAAAACAUAAUGGAACAUGCAUACUUUAUAACAUGAUGACACGGUUUUAAGCAGAUUGAGUGUCUCUCUGAACAUGUACUGUAAGUAAGGGUAUCAAAAUAAACGGGGGAAAUUGUAAGAUUUGUUUUCAUGAUGUUUCUGAUUAUAGCACAACCUUAGUUGAAGGUCAAGUCUCCAUUCUCAAUUACUGUUUGUACUUGAUUAAUUAAAGAAAAGUUGGAAUAUUUUUUCUUUAAUGUGAUGUUAAAAUAUUUCUCUAUGAAUCACAGUAACUGGAUCAGACCAGUUUAGAUACUGUAUACCCCCACACUUUGUUUUCAGGAUUUCUUGUUGUGAAAGGGGUGUAACUUUCAGAUGUGUAUGAAUGAAUAUGAUGCCUUUUCAAAUGUUGAGAAGCUUAUGCCACAGACUACCCUGAGUAACCGUCUGAUACUUUUCGCUUGCAAGCAUUAAACGGAUAAAGACAA